GCCCAGAGUGGUGGCCGAGUCCCUUAACGGCGCGGUGCGCGAGGAGAGCGUCCACUGCAGGUCGGCGGAGGAGAUCGCGGCGCUGGUGCAGAAGCUGGCGGACCAGUCGGGCUUGGACGGGAUCCGCAUCCGCAAGCCCUUCCACACCGACAGCCCUAGCAUCCAGGGCCAGUGGCAUCCCUUCACCAACAAACCGACCACCGUCGGCGGGCUGCGCCCCCGGGAAGCCCGGGAUCCUGCCCCAGCCCGGGUGCCAGCACAGUGAAGAGUCGCACCGACUCCCACCCCUGGUUUUGACCUGUUCCGGAGUAGAGGUGGUGCUUCCUCCAAGGCCCAGCCCUGGCCAGCAGAUGGAGUCCCCGGUGGGGAAGCUGAUGCCAAAGGUUCUGCUUGUAACAAAGAACUGCCUUUGUUUCUCUGUGCCCACUCCAUGGGGCAGUGACUUUGUGAGUCCCCCAAUUAUCUAGUUGGCAUCCAUGAAAUUGGAGAGAGCUUUCGAAGGUUUUACAGCACCCUUGUUUUCUGAAAUUUAGUUUGAUAACAGUGAACUCAAAACAAGUGAGGAUUCUGAAAGCCAGCUUUGGUGGUAGAGUUAGGGACAGCUGCUCUCUGCUGUGAGUGUCCCAUCGGCUAGGCACUGUGUAUUUGUGUGCAUGUUUGUGUACAGCUUAGAAACCGGAGGGCAAUAAACUUACCCAAGGUCACACUUGA